CAGAUGCGCUGUUUGACGUUUGACAUACAUGACUAAAAACAUAAAUAUCUAUUUAUGAAUGACAUGAUUUAGAAAAUAUUUACAAAAUAAUGUUUACUUUUUUACCAAGAAUAUUUAUCAUGGGCGAUCUAUUUUCUUAUGUAAUAUCUUAUAAAUAAUGGAUACUGCUUCUGAUGAAUCAGAUAUUGAUAUUGAUAAAGUUAGUGAAUUAGUUGAAAAUUUAGAAGAACUUGAUAAUAAUUUAUUCGGUGAUAAUCGACAAAAGAAAAGUUUAUUUGGCAUUGAAAAAACUAAACAAAACGUCAAGGAAACGCAAAAAAAAGUUAUUUUUCGAGACUUUGACGACGAUCCUUUGGAUGAUUUAUUGGGUGACAGCAAUACCUUAAAUAAAAAUAAAUUUUCAAAUAAAAAUGAUGAUAAAAUAUCAGGUUUAUUUGGAAUUAAAAAUACAGAAAAAUUAAAGUCUGAUGUCGGUAUAUCAAAAAGUACGGAAUUUAAUUUUACUUCAAGUAAAAAUGAAGAAAAAAAAUCACUAAAUGAUAACUGGAAAAUUAAUAAGUCACAGUCAGCUACAUCACAGCCAAAAGUAUCAAAGACUUUCGAAAAUUCAAAUAAUGAGUUAAUUAUUUCUUCGAAAUCAAGUCUACCAGACAGAACUAAAAAAUCAUUAAUAAUGGAAGAUUUAUUUGGAAGUAAAUCACGAGCAAGUUCUACAAAUGAAAAUAGUCAUGACAAAUCUAUGUCUAAAAAUUUUGGUUCUGAAGAAAUUAUUUCAUCAUCAAAACCUGCCCAAUUUACUCUUUCUACCUCCAGUGGUAGAGAACCUAGAAGAGCAAGACCUAAAUCUAUAAAUCUCAACGAUACUUUAGGACUUUUAGAUUCACAAGAGCAAAUAACUCAAACAAAACAAGAAUAUUUAGAACAAAAAGCUGCUAGUAUAAAUGAUAUUCCACCAGAAAAUUUACCCGCGUGGCUGGGUGGUACAAAAAAAAUAACCACCGAAACUGAUAAACAAGUGAAUAAUCCAACAGCAAAAUCUGAUAAAUGUGAUGUACAAAAUAACAUUAUAUCUAAAUCUUCGAUAUUAAACCAAGACAAUUUAUCACAAAGAAAUACUAUUUCUCUGCCAGAUAUUUCUUCAUUGACAGGAACGCAAUUUGAUCCGAAAAUUUCAAUUGUUGCUAUGCAGCAACAGGAACAUGAGCUACGAGCUGCCACUAUUUUAUCUCAACAAACUGAUCAAUUAAGUAGUAUCGUAGAAGGUCAAAAAAGUAAAUUGAAUGAGCAAGAAAAAUUAUUCGAUACAUUAAUUAAACAGCAAAUUGAUAGGCAGUCAAUACUUGAAACUCAAAUUAAAUUACAGCAAGCAAGAAUAGAUCAUUACAUUCAGGCACUUUCCAAUCAGCAUAUGACACUGCCGUCAGGUUUACAAUUUGAAAAUAAAGAUAAAGAUCCAAUGACUGAUAAACAAAAUGAUGAAAAAAUAUCAUCUGAAUAUUUAUCACAUACUUUAGAAGUAGAAAAACAUAAUUUAGAGCACUUAGUAGAUAUUAUGAAGGAUACAAAUGAAAGAGAAGUAAAAAUUUUACAAGAUUCUCAUGAAACACAAAUGCGUUUAAUGCAAGAAAAUCUAAAUAAACUUGAAGAAAGAUUACGGGGACAAAUAGCAGAAAUUCAAAAUGAAUAUGAGAAAAAAAUAGAAAAAUUAUCGACUGAAAAAAAUGAGCAAGAAAUAUAUUUAAAAACACAAAUAGAAAAUCUUAAAACAGAUCAAAUUCAAGUUAUAAAAGAUAUUCACAUUCGACACUCACAGCAAGUUGAUUUAUUACAAAAGGAACAUAUUAAAACAUUAGAAAAUAUUUCUCGUGCCAAAAAAACAGAACAACAGACUGUUGAUUUUAUAAUAACUCAUAAAACAGAUGUUAACAGUAUUCUUGAACGAGUACAGCACGUUUCCGAUGGGUUUCAAACGUUGUCUGAUCAAAUUAAAAAUCGAGAUCUUGACAGUGUCAUUAAACGAGAAAGUAAUUUGAAAAGACAAGAAGAAUCAUUGAAAGUGCUGAUUGAACAUCUAAUCACCCAACAAGAAACAAUGGAUAGUGAAAGGAAACAACUAGUUAAUAUUGCUCAAAAAUUAGAGUCUGAUACAAAUGAAUUAACAAAUCAAUUUGUAACAAGUCAUAAAUUAAUAAAUGAACGAGAAACAAGACUGGAAAUGCAAGAAAAAUCUUUUAUUCACGAGAGAAAUUUAUUCCACGAGCAAAUCAAAUGGGAACGAGAACAUAUACAGUGUUUAAAAGAAACAUGGAUCACCGAACAAAAACAACAAUUAAAACUAUUAGCUAAUGAGAGAGAAGCUGUGGCUGCAGAAAGAGCCAAAUUUGAAGUAUUCAAUAACUUGAAACUAAACUCUGAUGAUUUAAUUAAGACUGAGUUAGAGGCAGCAAUCAAAGCAGCACAUGAUGCAACUCAUCAAGCGAACCUAGAACGGCAGAGAUGGCAAGAAAAAUCCGAAAGUCUUUUAACAGAACAACGUCGAAAUGAAAUGAAAGAAAGACAACUAAUGCAAAGGGCUAAAGAUUUAGAAGAACUUACUCAGGCAGCUGUCAUUAAACGUGAAGAGGGUUUGCAAGCACUAAGAGAAGCACAAAGAAUUGAAAAACAACACAAAGAUAAAUUAAAUCAAUUACAAUCACAGCUUGAAUCUUUAGCCGAUCGAGAAAGUAAAAUUGCUGCUGAAAAAAUAACAUUAGCGAGAGAAAGAUUAUCAUUGAGAGUAUAUCAGGUUGAAAAAUCAGAAAAAGAUAUAACAAAUGACUCAUAUCACAAUCAAGUAAAAGAGUCGACUUACAUGUCUCCUGCACCCGUACAAACUCAUUUCAAGGAUAUAGUUGAUCCUCAACUUUUGCUUUUAAAACUAAAUUUGGACAAUAAAUUAGAUACAUCUCAGCAAUUACUUACUGACAUGCAAGAAUUAAUAUAAUUAAAAGAAAAAAAUUUAUUAUACUUUGAUGGUUACAAAUCCAGUGUUGGGUCCAAAGAAACGUUUCCUACAAAAAUUUAGUUAAUACAUAUAUCUGUAUAUAUACGAAAACAUUUUAUAAAUACGUGUGUUAAAAAAAAAUAUAAAUAAAUUGACUAUGUUACCAUCUACACUUGUAUCUGUUACAUCUGAAAAAUUUUG